CCCCGCCCACAGACCCGCCCACUCUCAUCGCAGCGUCCAGCAGCACAGGCUGAAAUCAGAGCGUGUCACUGGGCUGCUGCUGGAUCUCAGGGCCGCUUACCAUCCGGGUUCGCUUUGCCCUAGAAACAAACGCCGCUCUGGACUGACGACUUUUAUUCUUUAUUCCUCCGGUUUGACGUUACAUCGAACUGUUGGACGGGAUAUUAAGGGAUGACCGGUUCUACCCUCAGGAGUGCCUGCAGUCUAUCGUGCUCACGUCGCAUCAGCAAACUGUCAUUUCCCAUCCCAUCAGUGAUGUUUUGACAGAUCGAUGUGUCGUUUGAAUGUGCAACAGGCUCCCGCCAUAUAUUUAUGCGGAUUAUGGAGACGACGGAGCAUCAAAGGAAAGAUGUGUCCUAGUGCUCUACAUCUUUUAGCUAGUGGUUACAGUAUAACCAUUUAUUAAUGCUGUUCCCCAACGACCAUGCUACUUUGAAGGGUGAUAUUUUAUCUGCACACAACUGAACAUCACAUCACUUCAGACAUUUUUUGUAGAGGUUUGUGUAAGAAAUAAGGGGAUUUUAAAUGGCAUCUCAAGUAACGGGGAGGAAAAGAAUCCCCAACCGGGAGAAACUAUCGGCGGAGGAUGAUGCUCUCAUUCAAAUAGCACGAGAGGCGGAGGCAAGAUUGGCAGCUAAACGGGCAGCCCGGGCAGAAGCUCGAGAAAUCCGUAUGAAGGAACUGGAGAGGCAACAGAAAGAGAUUUAUCACGCGCAAAAGAAAUACUAUGGGCUGGACAGCAAAUGGGGCCAUAUUGAACAGUGGAUGGAGGACAGUGAGCGGUAUUCCCGCCACACUCGGAGACAUACCUCGAUAUCAGAUGAUGAAGAGCGGAUGUCUGUAGGCAGUCGAGGAAGUUUGAGGGGCAACCACGCAGAUCUCUGCAGCAGCACCAGCAGUCUGACUUCAGCCAGACUACAAAAUGGACGGCCUUCUGCACUAUUUAUUGAAACCCCUCGCUCAAGAAGUCACAGGGGGUCUCUGCAUGAAGAGAGCUCAUACUCUGCCACUAGGCGUUUCAGUGGCUCCAGCGCUAGAGGCCCUUCAGACUACAAUGGCUUUCUGGGCUCCAGUUCCAGGGCCUCAUCUAGGGCAAGUUCAGCCCGUGCCAGCCCAGUGGUGGAAGAAAGGUCAGACUUUUUGGAAAAGGGGUCCAGAACAGCCUCCACCCUCUCUGCUGCAACUCUAGCCUCUCUGGGCGGAGGCUUAUCCAGAAGAGGGAGCUGUGAUACCUCUAUUUCGGCUGACACUGAGGCCUCCAUAAGGGAAAUGAAGGUAAUUUUGGUGUAUAUGAAUGGAACAAGAGUUUGUUGUUGAAUUAUCCGCUUGAUAAGUCACAUUUCACAGGUUGCCUUAGCAAACUAUUAGCUUAACAAAUAUUGCUUAUGAAUGCUCAAAGUGCACUGUAAUAAUGUUGAAAGUCAUGAUUGUAAUGUUUGUAUCAAUGUCUAAUGUCAGAUGAUUAUACAGUGACGACAUAUUGGUUUCUGGGAUGCAGUUUGUCCAAAGACUGCAUAUUGUAUGCCUUGUUUUGAAAGACUAAAUAUGGUAAAAAAAUAACUAUUUCUCAUUUCAAAUAAGUGUUACAAACCCCAAUUUAUAAUGCUUUUCUAGGGAGGGGUCAGCAACAAAAAACCUUUAUUCACAUCAUACAACUCACUAUUUAUAGAGAGACAAAAAUGUGUCUUUUACCAAAAUAAAGUGCCAACAAAAAUAA